AUGACCAAACCUUUCGGAAACUUGCAAAUCAGUGAACAAAAAAAGUGGAUAAAUAAAAUACCCCGGAAAGAUUUGAUUGUUACUAAAAAUUCAGUAGUUUGUGCCAGUCAUUUUACUGAUGAACAAAUUAUUAGAACAUGGACUUCAGGGGUUGGUGAUAAACAAGUGUGUAUAAAUUUAAAGUAUCCAAAACUAAAAGAAGAUGCUAUCCCAUGCAUAUUUCCUGGCCCAAAAUAUUUAUCGAAUCCACAAACUAAAAGAAAGUCUCCUAGAAAGCGAGAUAGUUCAUUAAUCUCUUCUAAAAACAUUAAAGUAGUAGAGGCUGAAUCUAAAAUUUCUGAACAUCCUUGUAAUAAUGAUAUUGAUCCAGAAUUUUCUGAAGAAUCUUCAGUCUUGUCCACUGAACAAAAGUUUGAGAAAAUAUGUUGUGAUCUUGAGUCAAUCACACUUCCAGAUAAUUGGAAAUAUGAGAUACAUAGAGGAAAGAAACCAUAUAUUGUAUUGUAUACAAUACAAUGUAAUAACAAUGAAGCUGGAAUUAGCAUUGAAAAACAGAUUUUUUUAGAUUCAGACAUGAUUUUGAAAUGUAAUAUAUAUGAAAAGAAUAUAAACCUACAAGAUUUGUAUGGAAAUUCAAAUAUUUCUUCUUUGGAUGAUUUGAUUUCAAUUAUGAUUAUUUUAAGUUCUAAAAAAAUAUGUUCAGGUGGGCCUUUAGUUCAUGAAUUUGAAGGUAUAUCAGUUGAAUGUGCAGAUAUAAUUUUUAAAAACCAUUGGCAACAUAAAAAAUGUCCUUAUUUAAUUGAUAAAUCAUCUAUUAAAAAUAAAUGUUCAUUUUGUAAAGGCUUAAGAAGAACAUUUCGUAUAAAAAAAUCAAGGUUGUCUGUUGGAAAAUCGACUAGGUUAUUAUUAUCGCCUACAAAAAAAAAACUAUUUGAUGAGCACCGCAAUAAAAAGCAUAUUAUACAAAAACAAGUGUUAAGAGCAAAACAUAGAAUACAAUAUUUAUAAGAUCAGUUAAAUGAAGUUAAGGAAAGACUAAAUCAAUUUUCAGAUAGCUCAGUUAAUGAUCUUAUAAUUAAAAAUAAUUUAAAUGAUUCCCAGUCUACUUUAG